UUCUAAAAACAUUUUCCUGCAAUACUGACUUUAAAUUUUUAAAUUGUUUUUAAGGGAACAACACAAUUUAAAGAAUAUUUUCAUUACAUUUGGCAACAGCAUGACUUAAGUGCAUCUCGCGACAUCUAUUAAACAACUAUAAUACUCAGUAACAUAACCUGAAAUACGGAUCCGGAGUGAAAAAUUUCGCUCGAUUUAUGAAAUGUACGGCAUCUCAAAAUAUUGUAACUUGUGCGGUAAAAAGAACAAUUUGGUAAGGUCCUUACGAGUGAUUAAAAGGCAAUUAAGUCAACAGCAAAUCUCUGGAAACUCAGAACUAGCUGAAGGAUACAAACCUGAAGAAGUAAACCAUGAAAUAAAUGAGGAUUAUUUUUUCCCUCCAUGUCGAUCAAAUCAGAAACCGUUUACUUUAAUAUUACCUCCACCGAAUAUUACAGGAACCUUACAUUUAGGGCAUGCCCUCACGUCUUCUAUACAGGAUGUUUUAAUAAGAUGGCAUAAAAUGAAGGGGAUUGAGACAUUGUGGGUGCCUGGUCUGGAUCACGCGGGUAUAGCAACGCAAGUUGUGGUUGAAAAGAAAAUAUGGAAAGAGAAAAAACUGUCCAGACACGAUUUGGGCCGGGAGAAUUUCCAAAAAGAGAUUUGGAAAUGGAUGUCAGAAAAAUCUUCAACAAUAAUUGAUCAAUUGAAAAUGUUAAAUGUAACCUUAAACUGGGAAAAGAAAUCGUUCACCAUGGACCAGACCAGUUCAGAAGUGGUAGUGGAAACGUUUAUAAGGCUUUUUGAACAAGGUCUGAUAUACAGGGCGGGGCACCUGGUCAACUGGUCGUGCAUUCUUCAGUCUGCCAUAUCUGACAUUGAGAUAGACUACAUGUCGAUCACUGGACCCACUCAUAUUGACGUACCUGGAUAUGAUAAGCCGAUAAAAUUCGGAGAACUCACUUACUUUGCUUAUAAAAUUAAAGAUUCAGAAGACGAAAUUGUUGUGGCUACUACCAGACCUGAAACGAUAGUAGGCGAUGUUGCAGUUGCCGUAAACCCAACAGAUUCCAGAUAUACUAAAUUUAUCGGAAAACAACUUUACCACCCGUUCAGAAACACGUUUAUACCCGUUAUAGCCGAUGAUUUUGUAGAUCCAGAAUUUGGAACAGGAGCUGUCAAAAUAACUCCAUCGCACGAUCACACAGAUUUCGAAGUGGGCAAACGUCACAAGUUAAAAUCCUUGGAAAUUAUUGAUAGUAGGGGAUCUUUAAACGAUCUCUGUAAGGAAUUUGAAGGUUUGCAACGUUUUAAAGCACGAGAUGUCAUUAUUGACGAACUUACUAACAGACAAUUGUAUAGAGGACGAAAAGAUCACAAUAUGAAAAUACCCAUUUGUAGUCGAUCAAAAGACGUUAUAGAGUUUCUACUCAAGCCCCAAUGGUUUGUAAAAUGUUCAACAAUGGCAGAGAAUGCGCUAAAUGAUGUAAAAUCAGGAAAUUUGGUAAUAGAACCCGAGAAUUUCGAAAAAAUGUGGUUUCACUGGCUAGAAAAUAUUAGGGACUGGUGUAUAUCAAGACAGCUGUGGUGGGGACAUAGAAUCCCAGCCUAUCACUGUGCAAAAAUGGGUUCAGAAUCUAGGGAAAAAAUAUGGGUAGCAGCUAAAAACGAACAGGAAGCUAAAAUAAAAACUUCUAAAAUUUUAAGUUGUCCUGAAACGGAGAUUGAUUGUGAACAAGAUGAUGAUGUCUUGGAUACGUGGUUUUCAUCAGGUCUGCAGCCAUUGGCUGUGCUGGGUUGGCUUGAAAAUAAAGAAUUCUUCAAAAAACAUUACCCGAUAUCUUUGAUGGAGACGGGACACGAUAUAUUAUUUUUCUGGGUGGCCAGAAUGGUUAUGUUAGGAACUCAAUUGACUGGAACCUUGCCAUUUAAUAAAAUAUUACUUCACGGCAUUAUUUGUGACGCCCACGGUCGAAAGAUGUCAAAAACUUUAGGAAACGUCAUUGCACCCGAAGAUGUCAUAAAUGGAGCCAGCUUACAGGAACUGAAAAGUAAUUUAGGACAAAGUUACUCCAGUGGAAUAUUGACACAGGCAGAAUUUGACAUAGCUCUUCAAGGCCAAAGAAAAAUGUUUCCUAAUGGCAUACCAAAAUGCGGCGCAGACGCUUUAAGAUUUACCCUACUGUCGCACAACAUCAAAAAUCAUUUUAUCAAUUUUGAAAUCAGCGAAUGCCACACGAAUAAACUGUUUUGCAAUAAAAUCUGGCAGGCCACAAAAUUCGCUAUAUUAUGGUGCGAUAAAGUGUCGGACUGUCAAGGCGAGAAAUUUCUGGAAAAAGAUGACGAUUUUGACAGAUUGCCACUGAUGGACAAGUGGAUUCUUAGCCGAUUAAGUUAUUUGAUCGAGACAACUAAUCGAGCUUUGGAAUCGCACGAUUUCUACGUUGCCACAGCGCGUAUCAAGGAUUUCUUUUACUAUGAAUUUUGUGAUAUAUAUUUGGAGUCUAUUAAGACAGAUUUUAAAGACCAACCCGAUAGUACAGCAUCGAAAAAUCACUGUCAGAUCCUUUUAACCUGUUUGGAUCUUGGUUUGAGGAUUCUGGCACCAUUUAUGCCAGUAGUAUCUCAGCAUUUACACAGACAUUUGCCAAAAUUUUGGGAUACAGGAAUUGAUACGUCGUUUCCAUUGAUGUUAGGUCUUCGAAACGAAGUUUUGGAGAAAGAUUGGGAAACAAUUAUGGACAUUGUUGUUUGCAUUAGAAGACUGAAGAAAAUAUUUAACGUCAUUUACAAAUAUAAACCGGAAGUUUACCUAUUACCGGACGAUUUCACAACGGUUCAAAAUUUUGCGCAAGUCAUUAAAGAUCUAUCUCAUCUCUAUAUUUUAAAUAUACCAGAAAAUGAGAGUUUUAUAGAAAAUAGAGAUAACUUAGUCAAGGAUGUAGCAGGCAGCACAAGAAUCUAUCUGGUCGUUCCUGAAGAAUUAAUGAAAUCGUUCAGUGCCGAUCACGAAAAAAUGGAGGCAAAGAAACAAAAAAUGCUGAAAGAAUUCGAAAAGAUUAAGAACUUAAUCAGUGGAGAGAUUUUCCAGGAAAAAGCGCCAAAGCAGUAUCAGGAAAGUCAAAGGAAAAAGCUCACUGUACUUGAAGAAAAGAUAUCACGAAUUGACACCAUUCAAAAACUGACAAGUAGGACGCCCUAGUUUAAUAAAAAAAAAUAUAUAAAGUAACAUAAAACAUUUGUAAUAUCACGUUUAAGUAAAUAAAAUAUAUAACAUAGAACUCUA